AAAAGUUGCCAGUGAGGGAGCCUUCUCUGCAAAUGUUCAGUAGAGAGACACAGAGCUCAAGCUCCAAUCUUGUCUCCUCUGUUUCACAAGAUAUCACAAGAUCCUCCUCCACCAACCCCUUUGUAUGUCUGUACAGGGAUAACACACAGUUUAAAGCUUUGCUGUACUUUACUCCACGGAAGGGGAAGAGAGAACUGAGUUUUUAAUGAACUUGUUUCGAUUUGUUGCAGGAUAAAGGAUAUCUGAUUGAGCCUAGCUUCAUUUUUGGGGUCUAUUUAACGUUUGAAGAGAACGUCUGAGUGCAGAAGAAUAUUGUACAGAGGAACCCCAACUGCCACCACGAUUCCAGACAACUUUGCAAUUUGUGCUCCCCACUACAACAUUAGCAUGAUGUCCUAUCUCAAGCAACCACCUUAUGCAGUGAAUGGACUGAGCCUCACUACCUCUGGGAUGGACUUACUACAUCCUUCCGUGGGAUAUCCUGUUCUCUUUUCAGCUACCCCCAGAAAGCAGAGGCGAGAGAGGACUACUUUUACCAGAGCCCAACUGGAUGUCCUGGAGGCCCUCUUUGCCAAAACUCGUUACCCCGAUAUCUUCAUGAGAGAAGAGGUGGCUCUAAAGAUCAACUUACCCGAAUCCAGAGUCCAGGUGUGGUUCAAAAAUCGCCGAGCAAAAUGCCGCCAGCAACAGCAGCAACAGCAGAAUGGUGGUCAAAACAAGGUACGGCCACCUAAAAAGAAGUCUUCUCCAGCCAGAGAGGUCAGCUCAGAAAGUGGUACCAGUGGGCAGUACACCCCUCCAUGCAGCACCUCUGUGCCAGUCAUCUCCAGCAGCACUGCCCCAGUGUCAAUCUGGAGUCCAGCCUCCAUAUCCCCUCUGUCAGACCCCCUGUCCACCUCCUCCUCCUGCAUGCAGAGGUCCUACCCCAUGACCUACACCCAAGCUUCAGGCUACAGCCAAGGAUAUGCAGGCUCAGCAUCCUACUUUGGGGGCAUGGACUGUGGAUCUUAUUUAACUCCUAUGCACCACCAGCUGCCUGGACCUGGAGCUACUCUAAGUCCUAUGGGAACCAAUGCUGUGACCAGCCACCUCAACCAGUCCCCAGCUUCCUUGUCAAGCCAGGCCUAUGGGGCCUCCAGCCUGGGCUUUAACACUCCAGCUGAGUGCUUGGAUUACAAAGACCAAACAGCCUCCUGGAAGCUAAACUUCAAUGCUGACUGCUUGGAUUAUAAAGACCAGACCUCAUCAUGGAAGUUCCAAGUCUUGUGAAGACCACUUUAGGCAAGUGGAGGCACUUUUUAUGGAGACAAAGUCCUUUUGACAUUCCAGGUCUAGUCAGGUCUUGGUGGACUUCAAGAAAAACAAACCAUAAAAAAAGAAGGGGGGGAAAUAUAAUAAAUCGACCAGUCUUAUUCAUAUAUCCCUUCCCUAAACUCUGGAGCUGAUCUCAAAAAAACUUCUUCCCAUAUUGUGGGAAAGGACCUAUUUAUCCAGUCAUCCAAACCAGAUACAGUUGUGAUCAUAGAUCUUAGGGGAAGAAAAUUAAGUAAAAAAAAAAAAUUGGCUGAUUUUUUUUUUUUUUUUUUUUUUAAACUAAUCAAGAAGCCCUUCCUAUCUCAGGCAGUCAUAUUAUGGAUAAUUAAUAUAAACUGGGGGGAUGGGGCAACAGAAUCUGCAUCAAAAGUUGUCCAGUGUUGGGCAACUCUUGGGUCAACCAAUGGAGUGCUCCGGUUCUGGAUUUUUGGAGGGGGUACAGCUCGUGACUGCUUGGCUGACACUAAGAACAUUUCACGGGUUUGAGUGACUUGUGCUACUGAUUUCUCAUAGAUGCACUACUUUUAUUUAAAACAAACAAAAAACAUGUUUAUAAGGAGUCAAUAUGUAGUUUUUAAAAGACAAUCAGUGUGUGUCUUAUAAAUGGUAAAUAUGUGGUUUUUAAAUCUGUGCUAGACUUCAAAACUGUGAUCUCCUGUAUUGUAUGCAACUGUGAACCCCCCCCC